AUGACAACUAGCUUCAAUAGACAGGAGAUUAUACAUUCUUUGGCUAGUAGGCUGUUGCAUAGUACUGCUUAUCAAGUUUUCUAUGUCGCCAUGGCCAUUCUGUCAUUAGCUUGCUUGGCGGUGUCAAUGACCCAUAAAUGUCCUCCAGGAUGGUUUUAUGUUCUCGAAUGUCUAAUUAUCGUAUCACUUGUAGUGGAGGUUGGCGUGAGAUUUCUCGCAUAUAGAAAUAAAUACUGGCACUCGGCAUGGAAUAUUCUGGACAUUGUUAUGGUCUUGUUUUGCAUUUUUGCCUUUGUAGUAGUGGUUGGUGGUGAAUGCGAUGCCACAAAACGCAAAGAAGCCGUCGCUGAAGAAAUCCUUCUUAUAUUUCGUAAUGGCAUCCAGUUUUCACGAUUAGUGCUGAUGAUGAAAAAAAAUCGAACAAGCCUGUCUACACGCACCCGUAAUAUUGAUAUUGAUUCAGUUAGUGGGAUAGAUCCUCGACUCAUGGUACCUGAUAUUGACAACACGUUUGCCGGCGUGGCGUUUGAUGAUGACGACUAUAUUUAA